AUGAUGAAUAAUAAAAACACUUGGUGUAUGGACAAGUCAGGUCAAGAUAAAGAAGUCGGUAAAAAUGGCAUGCCAACAAAAGAUAAGAAAAAUUAUCCUGAAAAGAAAACACGUAAAACUUAUUUACGUGACAAAAGAGCUCCAAAACCUCCACAUAAUGGAUACAUACGGUUUUUGAAUGAUAGACGUCAACAAUUUUCAUCUCAAAAUCCCAAUUUACUAUUUUCUGAAAUAACUAAAAUAUUAGCUACUGAAUGGAACCAAAUGUCAGCAGAAAAAAAACAAACAUACCUUUCAGCCGCUCAACAAGAACGAGUAAAAUAUGUUGAAGAAUUAGAGGCUUAUAAAAAGACUGAUGCAUAUAGAAAUUUUCAGGAGUUCAAAUCGAACAGAAAGAAAUUUGAUAUCACUAUCAAAAAAGAUCAAGGAAUAAAAAAAGAAAACCCAUCUAAUGAUAACAAAUUUAAAAAGGAUCAAGGAAUAAAAAAAGAAAACCCAUCUAAUGAUAACAAAUUUAAAAAGGAUCAAGGAAUAAAAAAAGAAAACCCAUCUAAUGAUAACAAAUUUAAAAAGGAUCAAGGAAUAAAAAAAGAAAACCCAUCCAAUGAUAACAAAAUUAAAAAGGAUCAAGAAUUUAUGAAAGGAAUACCAUCUACAUCUAGUGACAACAGUAAUACAGUUAAUGACUUACCUAUAUUUACUGAAGAAUUCCUAAACUUUAAUAAAGCUAGAGAUAGUGAACUAAGGAAUCUUCGUAAAAAGGUAACAGAUCAAGAACAAGAAGUAUGUGUCUUAGAUAAACAUAUUGAAAACAUGCAAAAUGCUAGUAUCAAACUAGUGGCUAUUAAUGAACAACUCAAUGCUGGAUGUUCAAAGUAUGAACAGUAUUUAGUUAAACUACGAUCUCGACUUUUGGAUGUUUUUGCUAAUACUGCAUUCCCGGAUAACACUGCUCAACCUACUCACGAGAAUAUUGACACAUACAUGGUUAAUUAUAUCAAAUAUCAAGCAACUGGUACUGAUACUGAUCCAUCCUGGAUUACAUAUUUCAAGAAAGGUUUAUCUAAUUUGGAUAAUUCACAAUGUUAA